GGGCCCCCGGGUCACAUGCGCUCGCCCGGCUCUAUAGGCGCCGCCCCCUGCCCACCCCCCACCCCACCCGCGCUGAGAACCGCAGCCGCCGCCACUCCUGCUCUCUCUGCGCCGCCGCCGUCACCGUCGCCACUGCCACCGCCACCGGCUGAGUCUGCAGUCCUCGAGGAGAUCCCAGCCAUCAUGUCGAUAGAGAAGAUCUGGGCCCGAGAGAUCUUGGACUCCCGUGGGAAUCCCACCGUGGAGGUGGAUCUCUAUACCGCCAAAGGUCUUUUCCGGGCUGCAGUCCCCAGUGGGGCCUCCACUGGCAUCUAUGAGGCCCUGGAGCUAAGGGAUGGGGACAAACAGCGUUACUUAGGCAAAGGUGUCCUGAAGGCAGUGGACCACAUCAACAGCAGGAUUGCACCGGCCCUCAUUAGCUCGGGUCUCUCCGUUGUGGAGCAGGAGAAAUUGGACAAUUUGAUGCUGGAGCUGGAUGGGACUGAGAAUAAAUCUAAGUUUGGGGCCAAUGCCAUCCUGGGUGUGUCCCUGGCCGUGUGUAAGGCUGGGGCAGCUGAGAAGGACUUGCCCCUCUAUCGCCACAUCGCUCAGCUGGCUGGGAACUCCGACCUCAUCCUGCCUGUGCCGGCCUUUAAUGUGAUCAACGGUGGCUCUCAUGCUGGGAACAAGUUGGCCAUGCAGGAGUUCAUGAUCCUCCCAGUGGGCGCCGAGAGCUUUCGGGAUGCCAUGCGACUUGGGGCAGAGGUGUACCACACACUCAAGGGGGUCAUCAAGGACAAGUACGGCAAGGACGCCACUAACGUGGGGGAUGAAGGCGGCUUUGCCCCCAAUAUCCUGGAGAACAGCGAAGCCUUGGAGCUGGUGAAGGAAGCCAUCGACAAGGCCGGCUACACGGAGAAGAUGGUGAUCGGCAUGGACGUGGCUGCCUCUGAGUUUUACCGUGAUGGCAAAUAUGACUUGGAUUUCAAGUCUCCCGCUGAUCCUUCCCGAUACAUCAGCGGGGACCAGCUCGGAGCACUCUACCAGGACUUUGUCCGGAACUACCCUGUGGUCUCCAUUGAAGACCCAUUUGACCAAGAUGACUGGGCGGCUUGGUCCAAGUUCACAGCUAACGUCGGCAUCCAGAUAGUGGGCGACGACCUGACGGUGACCAACCCCAAGCGCAUCGAGCGGGCGGUGGAGGAGAAGGCCUGUAACUGUUUGCUGCUCAAGGUCAACCAGAUCGGCUCAGUCACCGAAGCCAUCCAAGCGUGCAAGCUGGCCCAGGAGAAUGGCUGGGGGGUCAUGGUGAGCCAUCGCUCUGGAGAAACUGAGGACACGUUCAUUGCUGACCUCGUGGUGGGACUGUGUACAGGCCAGAUCAAGUCCGGUGCCCCAUGCAGAUCUGAGCGUCUGGCGAAGUACAACCAGCUCAUGAGGAUUGAAGAGGAGCUAGGAGAUGAAGCUCGCUUCGCAGGACAUAAUUUCCGAAAUCCCAGCGUGCUGUGACCCCCCUGCCUGCCUGAACUCGGGGACAUCUCAUUCUCCCGGAGCCUCUUUCUUGCUGUCCCGACCUGCCACAGUCACUCUGAUACCCUGAGUCCCAAGUCACCCCGAGCGCCUCGACUCCCCUGUUCCGGCUGUUCUUGGCUUCCACGAUCCCUUGCUGUUUCUGCUCUUCCUCCUCUCUGGGCCCCAUUUUUUUGGGGGGGAUUCAAGUCUUCCCACUUUCCCUUCUAUUCUCUCUUCUCUUAAAAAAAAAAGAUUAGAAGGGGGUCCGCAGAAGAGCCGUCAGCGUCUGACGGGAGCUUCAGGGUUGGUGUUUAAAGUGGGGCCGUGGGGCGUGUGUAUUUCACGGCUUUCCAUGCUGUGCAUGAGCCUUGAACGAUGCAUAAAGCUGGUGUUUGGGGAGUGCUGGCCGUGUGGUCAUGCUUGGUGUGUGUGUACAAGCACACGUUUAUUUAUUUAUUUAUUUAUUUAUUUAUUUAUUUAUUUAUUUCUCAGCUGGUCAGUCAGUCAUCUCCCGUUAACGCUACAGUCUGAAAGUGACCCAACUUGACAGGACCAGGCAUCAGUAGCCUCAUGUGGCUUCACUCCACGUUGACCUGGGACAGGAGGUUUUACUAGCAUGGGAAGGGGAACAGAAAAGGGCCGUAGCAGCAGUUUCAUUUGGUGCGCUAGUCGCAGCUCGGUACUUCACAGAGGGGGGCUGUGUACCUGGGGGUCUCUUCUCCUAUGACUCUGUCCCCGGCCCUAGGUCCCUCAGUUUUUUUCCGGCUGCACCAGAGCUCUGCCUCACUCCUCCGUGUCAUCUUCCACUGCUGCCACCAUCUCUGUGGCUUUGAAAUGACCACCACCAUUAAAGUCUGAAUCACAGCACA